GUUUUUUACAUGUGCGAAUUAUGAGGUAAGUACCUCAAUUACGCCACAGUACAUACAUGUACCUUUUCUGCCGCUUUUUGUCCCUUCCAGCAGGGGGGUUAGCAGCUCAGCAGGUUGUUUUUAGCAAGUACCUACAUGACCUACAUGUAGGUAGCCAGGUAGCAGUUAGAUGUCCAGACUCCACAGAAAUACCUAUAUGUUAGCUGUGUAAUGGGUGAGUACCUAUUGAACCUAACAUUUCCGAUGCGCAAAAUAACCUAGGUCCUGGCAAGUGCUCCGUACAAUUCCAUGAUUUGAGGGAACCGCGACGGAAAAAAAGGACCACAGCUUUGCCGGAAACAUGGGAGCAGCGGAUCGUGUCUGAAAUUUUUUGGGACCUUCUCCUAAAUUCAAAACCGAGAGAUAGCGAUUAAAUAACACACCUUAUUGAAUUCUUGUCAUUGCAGGCUUCGGCAGCUGAUAAAGAAAUAAAAAUAAAAAUAAAAACUUAGCUAUUCCUACUUCCCACUUCCCACUGGGUGUCCCAGUCCUUACUUUCUAAUUUAACCUCUUCCUUGUCACCUCCGUAUCUACCAAACAUCUCCCGGCUACACCCGUCCUCCCGCUCGAGCUGUAACCCACCGUUCAAGAUGAUGUCGAGACGGCUUCAAACCGCCGCGCGUGUCCUGCGCCGGCCGAUGCAGCAGCAACCUUUACGAGGAACUAUUCCUCUGCCGCUACUCAUGACGCAAGUUCGCACCUACGCCCAAACCAUCGUUAAAGUCCCACAGAUGGCAGAAUCAAUUACCGAGGGUACAUUAAAACAAUGGAACAAGAAAGUCGGUGACUACGUCGAGCAGGACGAAGAGAUUGCUACCAUUGAAACCGACAAGAUUGAUGUCGCCGUCAACGCCCCCGAAUCUGGAGUUUUAAAAGAACUGCUUGCCAAUGAAGAAGAUACUGUGACCGUCGACCAGGAGAUCGCAAAGAUCGAGGCCGGCGCAGCGCCCGAGGGUGGUGCAAAGUCUGAGGAGCCGCCGAAGAAGGAGGCGGCCACAACUGAGUCACGCCCGGCGCCUUCGGAGGGAGAGAGCAAGCCUGAGCCAAAGUCGGAACAAUCUAAGCCACAGCCGCCCGCGGCAACACCUAAGGAGCCCGCACCGAAACAGCCUCAACCAGCAAAGGACACUUCGGCCAGCGUUGGACCCGUCCUGGGAAGCCGGGAGGAGCGCCGUGUCAAGAUGAACCGCAUGCGACUUCGUAUUGCUGAGCGCCUAAAGCAAUCACAGAACACUGCUGCAUCUCUGACGACUUUCAACGAAGUUGACAUGUCGUCACUGAUGGAGUUCCGCAAGCUCUACAAGGAAGAGGUGCUCAAGAAGACUGGUGUGAAACUUGGUUUCAUGAGCGCAUUCUCUCGUGCGAGUGUUCUGGCGAUGCGGGAUAUCCCUGCUGUCAACGCCUCUAUCGAGGGAGAGAACGGUGGCGACACUAUUGUAUACCGCGAUUACGUCGACAUCAGCGUGGCUGUUGCCACUGAGAAGGGUCUGGUCACUCCGGUUGUCCGUAACGCCGAAUCUAUGGAUAUGGUUGGUAUCGAGAAGGCUAUUGCGGAUAUGGGUAGAAAGGCGCGGGAUGGUAAGCUUACGAUUGAGGACAUGGCUGGCGGUACAUUCACCAUCAGCAACGGAGGUGUGUUUGGCUCUCUCAUGGGCACCCCCAUUAUCAACCUGCCACAGAGUGCUGUGCUAGGCCUUCACGCCAUCAAGGACAGGGCCGUUGCAGUAAAUGGGAAGGUUGAGGUCCGACCCAUGAUGUACCUCGCCCUGACUUACGACCACCGUUUGCUAGACGGCAGGGAAGCUGUCCAGUUCUUGGUUAAGGUCAAGGAAUAUAUCGAGGAUCCCCGCAAGAUGCUCUUGGGCUAAUUUCGAUGGAUGCGUGGAGAGGUUUAUCAAUUUAUUACUGUAAACAGGUUACAUCAUCGGUAGAGUGUAUAGUAUAGCGGUCAUCCUGUCGGUAUGCUCGUGGAGGUACCUUCGAAUAAAUAUCUUUGAAUAGGCAACGUUGUAAAUUACACGCCCUUGCUCGGUUGUUGAUGCUGAAUGUGGAUCUCCUGCUAGCUAGCUACUCAACUUGUCUUUGUAGAUGAAUAGAUAGAUGGAUAAGCUGCGUGACUUGAUAAUAAUAUAAAUAGGUGGUGGAAGGGUUAAUAGGCCUCGCAAUUUCAAAUUUGUCUUUUAUA